AUGGCCGCUCUCCGGGCCCUCCGUGGGCCGUUCCUGACACUCAGGCGAUGGCCGCAGCCCGCCACCCGGGCGCUCGGUCCCGGCCACAAGUACAUGAGCAGCCUGCCUGCUAUCGAUGAUGUGGUGAACGGGCUGACGGAGGAGCAGCGACAGAGCCAACUUGUGACAAGUGUUCAGCAACUAACUAGAGAUUGGUUUGAGUUGUCUCGGGCAAAUAGUGGAGCUUCGACAGAUGGUUCAGAAAUUCUGCCAAGAUCACCUCGUCCCAAGGCCCAGGAUAUCGAUCGGAAUAAUGACUUUCCAGAGUUGAGGGAAUUCUGGAAGCAGCUUGGUGAUAUUGGAGUUCUUGGGAUCACAGCUCCUGUUGAGUAUGGAGGAGCUGGAGGUGGCUACUUGGAUCACGUCCUUGUUAUGGAGGAAAUAACCCGAGCUUCUGCUGCUGUUGGCCUCAGCUAUGGAGCUCAUUCCAACCUGUGCAUCAAUCAGCUGGUGAGAAACGGCAAUGAAGAUCAGAAGAAGAAAUAUUUACCCAAGUUAAUCAGCGGUGAUCAUGUGGGAGCUCUCGCAAUGAGCGAACCAAAUGCGGGGUCCGAUGUCGUCUCAAUGAAGAUGAGGGCAGACAAGAAAGGUGAUUUUUACAUCCUCAAUGGCAGCAAGUUUUGGAUUACCAAUGGACCAGAUGCAGAUGUUCUGAUUGUUUAUGCCAAGACGGAAAUUCAUGCCAAACCAGCAUCUCAUGGCAUCACAGCUUUCAUUAUAGAGAAGGACAUGCCAGGAUUCAGCACAGCUCAAAAACUUGAUAAAUUGGGAAUGAGGGGCUCCAACACAUGUGAGCUAAUCUUUGAGGACUGCAAAGUGCCAGUCAACAACAUACUGGGAGAACUGAACAAAGGUAUCUAUGUGCUGAUGAGUGGUCUGGAUUUGGAACGACUGGUAUUGUCUGCUGGCCCUCUAGGCAUCAUGCAGGCAGUUCUGGACCAUGCCAUUCCUUACUUACAUGUUCGAGAGGCUUUCGGCAAGAAGAUCGGAGAGUUCCAGCUUUUACAAGGCAAGAUGGCUGAUAUGUAUACCCGUCUGAGUGCCUGCAGACAGUAUGUGUACAACGUAGCAAGAGCCUGUGACAUGGGACACAUGAGUGCAAUGGAUUGUGCCGGUGUAAUUCUUUAUGCUGCAGAGACAGCUACUAAAGUGGCCCUAGAUGGAAUCCAGUGUUUGGGUGGCAACGGCUACAUCAAUGACUACCCCAUGGGCCGCUUUCUACGGGACGCUAAGUUGUAUGAAAUAGGAGCCGGAACCAGCGAAGUCAGAAGGCUCAUCAUCGGCAGAGCGUUCAAUGCUAUUUACAAAUAACCCUUCUCGCAGCUUGCUGCAGAGACGAGGCUUGGCCACGUGCCUCCUCCACCCACAAACCUGCACUUCAUUGUGGCAAUAUUUCAAGUUAACUUUAAGGCAUAUACUUAUUUUAUUUCAAAGUGCCUUGGUUUCUAUCAGGGCAAUCUUCAAUCUGAGAAAUAUAUAAUUUGCAGAGCAAAAUCAUGGAUGUUGAUGUGUUAAACAUGAAAUACUUGAUUAAAAUAUCAGGAAAGAAGGGAGUUAGUGCAACAGCAGAAACCUUCAAUGCAAUACAAA